AUGAACCUCAAGGUAGUCCUCGUGUUCCUGGCACUGUCCCUCAUUACCAUCUUUGCCCUGGCCUAUGUCUUGCUGACCAGCCAAGGUGGCUCCAGCCAGCCUCCCCGCUGCCCCUCCGUGUCCCCCAGUGCCCAGCCCGGGACACACCCCGGCCAGAGCCAGCUGUUUGCAGACCUGAGCCGAGAGGAGCUGACGGCUGUGAUGAGCUUCCUGACCCGGCAGCUAGGGCCAGGCCUGGUGGAUGCAGCCCAGGCCCGCCCCUCGGACAACUGCGUCUUCUCGGUGGAGCUGCACCUGCCCCCCAAGGCCGCAGCCCUGGCCCACCUGGACAGGGGAGCCCCCCCACCUGCCCGGGAGGCACUGGCCAUCGUCUUCUUUGGCGGACAACCCCAGCCCAACGUGAGUGAGCUGGUGGUGGGGCCACUGCCCCGGCCCUCCUACCUGCGGGAUGUGACGGUGGAGCGACACGGGGGCCCCCUGCCCUACCACCGCCGCCCCAUGCUGGGAGCUGAGUUUACCCAGAUGUGGAAGCAUUUGAAGGAAGUGGAGCUCCCCAAGGCACCAGUCUUUCUGGCUUCUGUCUUCAACUACAAUGGCUCCACUUUGGCACCUCUGCAUGCCACCCCCAGUGGCCUGCGCUCGGGGGACCGUGCUACCUGGAUAGCCCUCUACCAUAACAUCUCAGGUGUUGGGAUUUUCCUUCACCCAGUGGGGCUGGAGCUACUGCUGGACCACAGGGCCCUGGACCCUGCCCACUGGGCUGUCCAACGGGUCUUCUACCUCGGGCGCUACUAUGCAGACUUGGGCCAGUUGGAAUGGGAGUUUAAGGCUGGCCGGCUGGAAGUGGUUAGGGUUCCUCUCCCCCUGCCAAAUGGGGCUUCAUCCUUGAAGUCCCGGACCUCCCCAGGUCCUCUCCCUCCUCUUCAGUUCUCACCCCAGGGCUCCCAAUAUAGUGUGCAAGGGAACCUGGUGGCAUCCUCCCUCUGGACAUUUACCUUCGGUCAUGGGGUGUUCAGUGGCAUGAGGAUUUUUGAUAUUCGGUUCAAGGGCGAGCGGGUGGCCUAUGAAGUCAGUGUCCAGGAGUGUGUAUCCGUCUAUGGUGCUGACUCACCCAAGACAAUGAUGACCAGAUACUUGGAUAGCAGCUAUGGACUUGGCCGUCACAGCCGGGGCUUGGUUCGGGGAGUCGACUGCCCCUAUCAAUCGACGAUGGUGGACAUCCACAUACUAGUGGGUACAGGGGCAGUCCAGUUGCUCCCGGGGGCUGUGUGUGUAUUUGAGGAGGCACAAGGACUACCCCUUCGGAGGCACCACAAUCACCUUGAGAGUCAUUUCUAUGGUGGUUUGGCUGGCUCGGCCCUUGUAGUCAGGUCUGUGUCAUCAGUAGGCAACUAUGACUACGUUUGGGACUUUGUACUGCACCCAAAUGGGGCGCUGGAAGGGCGGGUCCAUGCCACGGGCUAUGUCAACACGGCUUUCCUGAGUGGGGGUGAGGAGAGCCUCCUCUUUGGGAACCGUGUGGGGGAACGAGUGCUGGGGGCAGUGCACACGCAUGCCUUCCACUUCAAGCUGGACCUGGACGUGGCAGGGCUGAAAAACUGGGUGGUAGCUGAAGACGUGGUGUUUAAACCUGUGGCAGCCCCUUGGAGUCCAGAGCACCAGCUGCAGCGCCCACAGCUGACUCGGCAGGUCCUCGGAAGGGAGGACCUGACAGCUUUUUCCUUGGGAAAGCCCCUGCCCCGCUACCUUUAUCUGGCUGGCAACCAGACUAAUGCCUGGGGUCACCAGCGUGGGUACCGAAUCCAGAUCCACAGCCCCCUCGGCAUACACAUGCCCCUGGAGAGCGACAUGGAGAGGGCCCUCAGCUGGGGGAGAUACCAGCUCGUGGUGACCCGGAGGAAGGAGGAGGAGUCACAGAGCAGCAGCAUCUAUUACCAGAAUGACAUCUGGACCCCCACUAAGGCCUUUGCUGACUUCAUCAACAAUGAGACCCUCUUAGGAGAGGACCUGGUGGCUUGGGUUACAGCCAGCUUCCUGCAUAUCCCCCAUGCUGAGGAUGUCCCCAACACAGUGACUCUGGGGAACAGAGUUGGCUUCUUGCUCCGACCCUAUAACUUCUUUGAUGAGGAUCCCUCCAUCUUCUCCCCUGGCAGCAUCUACUUUGAGAAGGGCCAGGAUGCUGGGCUCUGCAGUGUCAACCCUGUGGCCUGCAUCCCCCACCUGGCGGCCUGUGUCCCAGACCUGCCCCCUUUCUUUUACCAGGACUUUUAGCCCCAAGGGUGUGGUGGGACAUGGAGGGGGGUUGCUGAGACAUUUGUACCUUUCUCUCUGUUUCCACUUCCUGCUCCCUUGAUUCCUACCCUCUUAAUGUCCCUUAGGAAACAGCCUCCCACACUAAACCCGUAUAUAUCCCUUCCGCUAAUUCUUAUUUCCAGUUCAUUUUGUUUAAAUGAUGGAUUUAUACAAAUGAUAUGAUUAUUAAGAUAUUCAAGCGAAACCCCACAAAUUCUACCACUCAGAAAUAGCCAGUGUUCACAUUUGGUGAACGUUAUACCAGACAUUUCUUUAUGCAUGUGCAUUGAAAUGGAAGAAUAGAUAGAAUUUUGUAAAAAUAGAUGGUGUGUGUGAUUUAUAAUAAAAGGUGCUACAAGAUUUAUCGCUUGAAUUUCUUCUAUUUGACUUUUGAAGUAUCUAGAAUCACCCCAAGAAUAUUAAGAACUCUGGCCAAGGAAAUUAGCAAUGGAAGAAGAAAGGGCAAGAGGGACAGACCAGGCCAAGGAAUGCCGCUUGGGAAGCUGCGGGGCUGGGGGGGGGGUUUCCUUGGAAGCACAACAAUAGUUCCAAGUUACAGGAAAGGGAACAUCUGGUCCUGGAAGGUGGGGGUUGGGUGAAGAAGCCAGGCGAGGGGGACAAGGGGCUGCGCUGCGCAGACCCAGCUCCUUACUGCUGGUGCCUUUCCAGGCUCAACUGGUCAGUUGCAUUAUUUUUAAAUCCCACUCUCCUUCUGCCUCCCCCAGCUCUCCCCAGUUUCAACCCUGACCCAGAAAGUGGAGUCUGAUUUGGAGCCUGGAAGACAAAGCCAUGUAAGGUCUGUGGAAAUCACUCCCGCCCUGCUUGGGGCCCGCCCCGAAAGCCCGGCCUGCCCCGCCCCCUCCCCAGCCUUCCCGUGUCCUUCCCACCCUCCCCACCCUCAGUAUCCUGAGCGGC